AUGAUAAAGUUUGCAGUGGGAAUAAUAUGCUACUACAUUGUGUACUGUGCUUAUCACGUGUAUCAAAAUGUAAGAACCCCCAUAUAUGAAUACGCAAAGGAUGUGAAAAAAAACGAAAAGGACCAGGAAGGAUUACACGUGGGGGAGAAAUAUAUUCAUAGAGCAUUCACAAAUUUCCUUAAACAAAAGGAUAAAGUGGAUUAUCACCUGUAUAUGUCGUGUGAAGAAAAUAUUGACUUGAAUAGAUACGUAAGUGAGAAAGACAAAUUUUUGGAAAAAAAUAAAAAUUUUAUUAAUGUGCAUAAUUUUAACAACAUAUCAUAUGAUUGGAAUUAUAGUGAUCCUGUAGAAGGAGAAACAAAGUGGUGGAACUUCCUGUCGCCGAGGAAGUAUCGUUCCGUUGAGGUAACCAUCCCAAGUAGUCUCAUAAAGAAGAACAAAGAAAUUUACCUCCACAUACUUACCUACGUGAAUGGAGAACUCUACAGGCAUGGGUUCGUCACUAGUAUACUGACGAGGGAAAAAGUCGGGGCAAAGAAGUCGACUGCCAAGGAGAAGUACCUCUGGGAGCGCCUCCUAGAAGAGGAAGAAGAAAUGGACGACUAUAACGAUGAUGGGAAUGAUGACAUGGAAGAAAGUGAAGAUGAUAAUGAUAAUGAUGAUGAGGACGAAGAAAAUGAACAGAAGACACAGACAGAUGACUCGUCAAACGAUAGGCAAAGGAAAAGCGUGAGCAAACAGACCCAGGAAGGAGUAAAAAAAAAAAAUAAUAAAAUGAAAGCAAAAAAAAGGCCAGUAAAAAAAAAAAAAAAAAAAAAAAAAAAAAAUUUUUACAUUCCCAAGAAAGUCAAAUUUGGGCCUGUCAUCGAGCAUAAUGAUAUUAACGUAAAUAAAAUUGGAUUUUUCUCCAACAUAUUUCUGGAUACAGAAAAUAGUGUGUACCUUUUGCCAACCUACUACAAUGAUCAUCUAACCCCGGAAGAUGAAUAUGAACUAUUGCAAAUAGUAUGGGAGGGAGAGAAGGAAGAUGUAAUUGCAAGGAAAAGAAAAAAAAAUAACACACAACAUGAUCAUGUGACCAAGUCGGAUGACAACUAUACGCAUCGUGGAAAUAUUAUCGAAAUUGAGUUAUCCCCAAUUAGCCUCCCCCAGUUCAAUCUGUACAACAUUAUCCUGUUCAACAUAAAUUACGCGAAAGAAAAAUAUAAAUUUGUAACUUACGAUUUGGAUAACUUGAUCAUACACUUUUGUGGAAAUAUAUAUUUGUGCCUCAUCAUAUUUAUUCUUUGUUUCAUCCUUUUGUUAAUGGAUCUCAUGGCUCUAUUAUUUGAUUGGUCUAGAUGGAACAGGGUGAAUGACUUAUAUUCCUUCCCAUCCUAUACCGUUCAUUUUAAGUUAAUCUUUACCUUGUUCAUAUUUCUUUAUUUGAAAAAUAAAAAUAGUUGCAAUAUAUUGAUGGUGUUUUGCGUGGCGAAGAUGGCCGUUUGCCUUUGGAAGUUACUGGACCAUUACGACAUUGAAUUUAUGGAAAUUCAUCCUUACGUGCGCAUUACGAGGAAUAUCGAGGAGAUCAGUAAUAUCGGCGAAAGGGGAAAUGAAAAUCAAAGCAUCGACAAGGGUGCCAUUAUACAAAAAAAUCAGUUUCGGACUGAAUUGGAGAACAUUGAAACAUAUAUAAAAAUGAAGAUGCCAAAUGUGAUGUUCUGCACAGUAGUAUCCAUGUGUGCAUACAAUUUUAUAUACACUCAGUAUGAAUCAAUUUACGCCUUCAUUAUUCACUCGAUUGCUAUUUGUUCAUAUAUUUUUAACUUCGUAUUUAUGUGCCCCCAGAUUGUCCGAAAUUAUUACACCAGAACGGUGGAGCGUGUUCCCCUAUUUUUUCUCUUCUUCCUUUUUUUAUAUGCACUCAUGGAUGAUCUGUUUGUGCUCGUGCUCCGCAUACCCCUUGUGCACAAGUGGAACGCACUAGGUGAUGAUAUCGUGUUUUUUAUAUUUUUCGUUCAAUAUUGUGUAUAUAAGAAGGGAAAGUCCCGGGUGGGCUCCGGCGAGGUGGCCGCGGCACCCCAGGGCGCCAAGCCGCAGCGCGAGUCUAAAAAGAAGAAGUGA